CCCGGCCCUUCAUCGAUUCUCUCAUUGCCUUUAUCGAAGGGUGUCUGUAUUGUUUGGUCUGUUACGAAGAUACCAAAGGCGAUGCAAAUUUCCUAGAUAACACAUACUUUGCCCCUCGUUCUACACCGAGACCAUGCUCUUCUUCAGUUUCUUCAAGACCCUCACCAAUCAGACCGUGACUGUCGAGCUCAAAAAUGACAUUCGUAUUCGAGGCACUCUGAAAUCGGUCGACCAGUACCUGAAUAUCAAACUCGACGAUGUCGAUGUUCUUGAUCUAGACAAAUAUCCUCAUCUUUCUUCUGUGAAGAAUAUGUUUAUCCGUGGUAGCGUUGUGCGUUAUGUUGUGCUGCCGAGGUCAGAGGUCGAUGUUGGACUACUAGAGGAUGCGACAAGGAGAGAAGCCGCCAAUCAAGCCGGGAAAGCUCGAUAGUCCAUUCAAUGUGCGAUGUCUGAACCUACGCCAAUUACUCCCUUCUUGUUCCUUCGCGCGAUAUGGAUGUUACUGUUGGCCUAGACGCAGAAUACAUACGGGCCUUUUCUACGGGUCAAUUACACGGAUGAGAACAAUAAUGGGAAUCAAACUGGCCAUGAUGGAGGGAACAGGGAUACGUCCGUAUCGGAUGAUCACCUACUGAUGGGAAAAGGCAUGCAAUGGGAUGGGAUUGAAGGUGUGGACUGUACUCCCAUGUAGGGAGAACUAUACGUGUGCCAUGCAGCUACUCCAGCUCGAGUCAUAUAUUUUGCUUGACCGGUCGGCCCGGGGAUUGCACUGCGAGGUGUCGUGAACACCGUGUUGGAUGGAUAUUCUUCGCUAUGGAAAACAGAUAGCUAGUUGUCGGGUCGAGCGUGGACCCGAUGGUCGUAAAAUCUUUUGAAUUUCACGUUCAAAUGACCCUCAAAUCCCACCCGAG